GCACUAGAUAUAGCUGUAAGAUAUUUAAAUGGACACUAGGAGAGAAUCAUGACACGUGUACAUGUACUAUACAUAUAAUCAACGGAGACAUUUCUGUAGGGACAUAAUCAAUCACAAAGACGAAAACAAAAACAACAAAGAUCUCAGGAAAAGAGAGAGAGAGAAUGAUGAAGAUACAACUGACGAUAGUACCGGCUCUUCUGAUUCUGGUGGCUUUGUCUUCCAACUUGACUAUUUUGGUGGAGGCUCAAGCAGGCACCAUAGACUGCUACGAUAGUUGCUCCACCGGCUGCGUCAAGCCCGACAACGAUCCGAUGCGAAAGAAAAUGCGCCAAACGGUGCCGCCCAGUGGUAUAAGGGCAAGGGAGACUGGUGCUUGAACUAUAUAUUCACUAAUAUUUAUAUAACUUAAAUAUGUUGUAAUGUAAUUCUUACAAUCGCAUCUCCCUAAAACAUACUAUGCAAUAAUGUAACUAAUAAACCAAGCUAAGUGGUUGUAGUCCAUAUGGUUUAGAGUGGUGAGGGUUUUGACCUAUGAUUCAAAUCCCACCAACUAAAGACCUCCACUAUUCACCAACUAUGUAUGUAUGAUCAUGGAUCAGUUUUGGAUUAAUCUCAGUAAUUAAAAAGGAUAUAUUGCACUCAAUAAUAACAACUACAAUGC